AGUGUAGUGCGUCUAAGUAUUAUCAUUGACUAUAUUAUAUUAUAGAAGAAGGAAUUUUAACCAUUUACUUUACUAGGAAUUAGGAAUUCCAGGACAUUGUAAGGUCUUAAAGAAGAUACCAGUAUAAAUAAUGUAUUAGAAAAAAGUUGUGUUAUUGGAAAUGACUAAGCCUAAGUAAAAGGUUUUUGAUUUUUGUAAACUAAGGAAGUAUAUUUUUUGCCAAAACUAUGGCACGCAAACAAAGUAAACCCGCUAAAACGACUAAAAAAGAUUCUUCUGUUGGUGUAAAUGCAAAGAAAGGCGGUAAAAUUACUAAAAAGGUAGCAGAAAGCAAAACGAAGAAAAAAGUUGAAUCCCAGCUCAAACUAACUGUGAAGACACAAAAAAGGCAAACUAAACCUGCUGCAAGUUCUCCUGCCAAUUCAGGUAGAAGAAGUAGCCGCACUAACAAUGAUAGUACCAGGAAUUCUUUGACAUCUAAUGCUCAGCGUUCAAGCCCUAAUAAAAAAUCUACUUCCAAGACAAAAAUCCCUUCAAGAGCUAACAACGCACAAUCUACCAGCAAGCGUAAAUCCAAUUCCACAGAACAAACAAAAUCUAAAAAACAAGUGGUGGCUAAAAAGGCUAACGAGUCUCCAGUUAAAACAUCACCAGCAGUUAAGAAAAAGCCUGUAAAUGAAACUAAUGGUAGAGGUAACAAAAGGAGUUAUGCUCAAUCAAUAAGCAGCAGUAACACAGAAGUAAACAAUGAGGCUAAAAGAAGGAAGACUGAUGAUUUAAAAAAUAUUACUUUGACUUCACGAAGAAAUAGGAAUAUCAAACCAACAGUCAAGGGUUCCGAGUGGAAAAAAACAAUCUUGCAAAAGAAAGCAAUUGGUGCCAAACAAGAAAAACCUAGCAUAAAAGUUAAGAAAACAACUGUGAAAAAUAAAUCACCCAAGCAAAAUAAGAAAUCGGUUUCUCCUAAAUCGAUUACUAAGUCAAAAGCUGCAGGCAAAACAUUAGCAAAAUCACCAAAAAGUCAGAUUGGAGUCAAAACGCCGACUGAAAAGAAAAAAGCUGUAUCACCACCUAAGAAGAAAGUCAAAUCUACUGUUGAAAAAAAUACUGUUUCAAGUAAAUCUCCAUUGGUGCGUAAUUCAUCAAGAAAAUCUUCUUCCAAACCAAAAGAAGACAUCAAUUCUCCCAAAGCCAACACCUUGGCGACAUCCAUAAAGAAUAAAUUCAAUUCUUGUAUUUCAAAGAAAAGAAGUUCAAGCGGUGCUGGGAUACAAGAAAAUGUGUUAGUUGCUCAAGGUAUUUUAGACGAUAUUCUUUCUUCAGUUGGCAUUCCCAAGGACUCAUCAGAUUUAGACAAAGCUGUCUGUAGUGAAGAUGUCAACUUGAUCACAUCCAAAUCACAGACUACAUUAUUAAAAAUGGAUAAAGAAGAAACUGACCCAUCGUCUCAAACAUUUAUCACUCCUGUAAGUGAAUGUGUUAAUAUGGAUACUGAACAGGAAAAGAAAAUCAUGGAUGGUAAAACUAAUGAUAAAAUUUGCAUUGAAACCACAACACCCGCAGACAAACCCACAGACAAUGAAAAUGAUUUAGACGAGAACCUAGAAGAAGAAAUGGAAUUGCGCUUAUCAGAUACAUCAGUAACAUCUGUAAAUGAAAAUGACACUGCCUCAUCUGAACAAAGUCCCAGCAUUAGCACAAAUACUGGAAAUGAAGUAAAAAUAAACAGUAACAGCAAGUGUGUUAAUGAAGUAAAAAGUAGUCUAGAUUCUGACAAUAAAGUUAAAUUGGAAGUAACACAAGAACACUCUGACUGCCAAAAUAAAUUGACAUCACAGGAAAAUGACCAUAAUCUUGAUCCACUUGUUGACCUAAAGAAAUCCACUUCUUCAUCUCAAUUAAAAAAUAACACAAAAGGUGUUUUGCAAGAAGGUAUUGUAGUUAAGGACAUUUCCCAUUCUAGCAAUAAAAAAGUUGAUCUUGCAAAUGCUGUAAUAGUGGAUAAAACUGUAGAUAAUGUUAAAGAAAAGAGUAAAGAUUCCUCAAGCAAGAAAAGAGAAGAUAUAGAACCCAAUGAACAAAGUACGAAUGGGAAUACUGACUCAGCAAUAAAAUCUAAUACUAUUCAAGAGAUUUCGACUUUGAAAGAAAAUCAAGAGGGUUCAUUAGGUCUGGACUGCAAGAAAAACACAGCAAAUGAUCAUAUUGUUGCUGAAUGUAAGGUUAUUAAAGAAUCAUCAGCACACCAAUCACUACAAGAUCAUGAUGUAACCAAUGGAAAAUACCCUAAUUUUGACAAGAUUGACGAAAACAAAAUAGCCAAGAGCAGUUUAUCACCAAGCAAGGUUGAUUCCUCCUGUGUUAUCAAGCCAGAAAAUAAAUUAUCCAAUACAAAACCUCCAUCAACUCAGCCUUUAAAUGGUGAACACAAAACUGUAGACCAGAGUAGAGAUAAAAUCAUUCCUUGUGAUACAAGUUUGAAAAAACCACAUGAGAUAACUACAAAUGGAAUAAACAAACAAAAAUUGAAAUCAUCAGUAAAUGACCCGCACUUAUUACAGAUAUCCGAGGAUAAAGAAGAACAAAAACACCUUGAAAUCGUGCAGAACGAAAUCACAAAAGGUUGUCAGAGCUUGGCAAGUGAAAAAAGCGAUGUGAUAGAAGUUAAAGAAGAUUCUGCUGAUACCGUUAGUAAGCGAAGCUUGGACUCUGUUGAAGUUGUGAAAGUCAGUUCUACAACUGAAAAUGUAGAAUCUCAGGCUUUAGAAGAAAAAAAACAAACUUUAGUUUCAGAAUCAGUAGAAUCAAAGCGUGAAAAUUGCAGUUCUACCGGCAUAACACAAGAAUUUGAUACAAUUUUGAAAGUCAGUAAUACAUCGAACAUUGUAGAAUCUCAUGCCUUGGAGGUUAAAAGUGAAACUUCACUUUCAGAAUCAGUUGACUCAAAGCUUGAGAAUGGCAGCUCUACUGGCAUAACACAAGAAUUUGACACAAUAACGAUAGAAGAACCAACUAAUUCUAGUGAUGAGCAUCGUUCUAAGGAAGAACAGUUGAACACAGAAGAACCAAGAGAAAACCUAAAACAUGAAAUCUCUACCAUUGUAACUGAAAGUAAAGAUUCUUCAGUCAGUCCAAUCAAAACUAUUGCUUGUGGAAAAAAUAAUAUUGAGAACCAACUGGAAAACUGUUGCCCCAAAGAAAAACCGAUAAGUACAAACGUUGAACUGCCAGCAGACAAUAUUACGAAUGAAGAAAAAAAUGGAGGAAUACUAAAGGUUGAAGAGACCUGCCAAGAAGAAAAUGCUCAAAAUUCUAUUGUUGGAACAAAUGGAGAAACACUGAAUCAUAGUUCUGACACUCUCAGCAACAAAAUGAGUGUUGAUGAAGAAUAUUCUAGCAUGGAAAUUGAAUGUGGAGGAAAGGAACGUUUGACAACUGCUCCUUCUAGUAUGGAAGUUGACGUUGAUUUGAGUUAGACUUUUAAGAUUAAUAUACAUUCUGUAAUAUUUGUGAAGCUAGGAAUAGUGUAGAUUUUUUUUCUCUUACUAGCUGCAAUGUUUGAUUGUGUGUCAAAAGAAAGUUUAUUUUAACAUUAGAUCUAAGAAAUUUUUAUAUAGGAUAGUUUUUUUUAAUGGAAUGAAAGUUUUAUUUACUGUUUUACUGUCCACAUAGUAGGUAUACUCCUCAUUUAAAAGGGGAAAUAUAUUUAGAGAGAUCUCAAAUUUGUUGGAGGUUCUGACUUUAAAAAUAUCUUCACUAAGGAAAAAUUAAAGUUAACAGAGGGUAAUUUAAGUGAGUUAAUGCUUAUUUAAUGUAAGUGGGGUAACUUUGCUGGAACAUCAGGUAACUAAAAGAAGCGAGGCUUGCUUCCCACUAUCUCACAUAAACUAGGGCUUAACAAUGUUUUUAUACAGGAGCAGAAUAAAAAGUAUUGAACCUCUGUGUCUAUAUAAAAAAAUAAAUGGUAUAUAAAAGUGCAAUAAUGUUUACUUUUAAAAUUACUGAGAAAUAACUACCUACCUAUGGCAUCAGCUCAUACAGUUAUACAAACUGAGAUAUUUAGUAUAAACCAUUAGAACCGUAUAAAUAAUUAUAAAUAAUAACAAUUAAAGAGUCCAAGGGAAAAACGGGCUAACCCUAAAAAAAUGCAAAAUUUAGUUAUGAACGGUUUUAAAUAGAUCUUUUAAAUCUAAACAGUUUGCAAUAAUGAAAAUUGACAAAAAAAGGCUCCUAGUAAGAGUAAAUCAUCUUUGAAAUAAACCAUCCAGAGGAAGAACGGGGCAACCCACAAUGAGUGUAGGCAAGAACGGGGCAACCCUCAAGCCGCGCAUGCGCUUAUGGUUUGUUUACUUCAGUGGUGCUCGUUUCAUGAACCAACAGGAAAUUUGGGUUAGCCCGUUUUUGACAAGGAAAUUACUUAGUUAGAGUGUUUAACUGUAUCAUUCUCUGUAACCCAACCGAUUUAGAACUAUUUCAAUCAAAAAUUAUUAAAAUACAUAACAUUUACUUCAAAAAUCCUUCAUAAAAAAACAAUUAAUAAAGCAAUGGGCUGGCGGGUAUAUCCUUGAAAAACUUUUUGCUCCCCUGGAAAAUUUACUUUUGUGGGGUUAGCAUGUUUUUCCCUUGGACUCUUCAAUUAGUACAAACAAUAUGUUAAUUUACUAUAAGUAUUUCAUUUUAGAUGGGUGACAGAAAUUCCUUAUUAUCCUUGUUUUUCUGGUUGUAGUGAGACAUAAUAGCUUUUUGAAUUUGUUUUUGAUUGUAAGGGCCUAUGUGUACAAAUAAGUACUAUGAUAUUGUGUACAUAGAUUAGUCUAAGUUCAAUUAUUACUCAGUAAGUCUGUAUUAGAAUCAUACUAAAUAUGUUCCAUCGCUAAAAUUGUUUUCUUUUAUUGACAAUAUUAAUUCAGAAGCAUCCGUCUUAAAAAUAUAAAAAAAGAAAAUCAGGUGCAGAAUCUGCAGUGUCCCAUAAAUGGAUAAAGGACUUUUUUUUGGAAAGCGGUAGGGUUGAAAUCUGCAUACCAUGAGCUGACAGACUAAAAAAAGGUUUCAUAAGAGUGAUAUAUCGUCCCAAUAAAGGACUUUUUCAAGUAGAUUGAUAAAAUUAUCAGUGUUAUGUUAUGUGGACUGUUUGUAUAUAUAUUGGCUCCUGGACUUAUUUUUCCCAAAUAGGCUAGGAGAUCUCCACCUCUUUCCAAAAUUCCCUCAGCCAAACAGCUUCCUUUCAUAUUAAUUAGAUGGUGCUCUCUUUCACCUGUCCACUAAUCCAUCAAUAAAUUUCUUUUAAAAAUGCAUGUAUCUGUUUAGAAAAUAAUCUCUUUCUGCAAUUUACAACUAUUUUUUUUUACAAAGAAUAUCUAAUUUUUUCCAACUUAAAGUUUACAACGAAGGGUUGUCUAAUCUUUACUAGGAGUUGUGUAGUUCAUACUGGAUAUUUAUUUUGGAUAGGUUUUACUAAAGCGAUCACAAUAGAAUAAGGUAGACUAUACUUUCGUUAAACCAGCUAAAUCAUGCAAGCAUUUAGGUUUAAAAAGCACAGACAGAGUAUGAUAUUGAUCCAAUAUUUGGACAACUACUGUUCUGCAUCCGUGGGUUUUCAUUCUUACAAGGUUUUUUUUAUCAAGGAUUAUAUUUAUGUUUUUUAUAUAUAUUUUAAAGCAGUUAUGUAGUUGUUAGUAUUGUAGUUAAUUUAUUUCAAUGCCAACUUUCUUUAAAUUUACUCAAGACAGUAGUUUUGAUAUGGAAUAUGUUGCAUGCACAAAAUAGAAUGCUAUUAUCAAUAUUAAUACCAACUUAUUUGUAUCAGUGGUUUUCUGUUUUAGUAAACUAUUUAAUUUUACAUUUUUAUAUCUAGACGAUAAACAAUCUUGCUGUUGUAUUUUUAUUGUCUUAGUUAAAAAUGCAUUGCUUUUAACCAGUUUAAAUGGAAGGGAUUUUGUUAUUUAAAGAUUGUUUAACCACAUGAGCAAUUGAAUUAUUUAUUUGAUUAAUAUUUUAAAAUAUUACAUUACUAUACUGGUAAUCCUCUAAUUAUACAGGUUGGUUUGAUAUUACAGUCAUUCAGGCCAACUUUGACCCCUUCACACAGGUUUUCGCUGCAUAUUAAUAGCUAUUAAUUACUUAUUAUAUUUUAUAUUACACUUUACUGUUCCAGAGAUUUUUGUAUUUACUAAAUACAGACAGUAGUUUUAGUUUGUGAUAAAUUAUAAGUUUUUGUGAACUAUUUUAAUGACAUUGAAUAAACUACCUCUGAAAAGAAAUACUUUCCUGUGAAAACUGAUGCAUUUAUCAUGUCACUGUAGCAGUUGAGAUGAAUCGUAGGGAUGUUGAUUAUGAUCUUAUCGGUUACAUUCAUGUACUAGUUCCUGUGUAUUACUUAAGUGAUUUUCCAACUAAAUGUCUGAUGUGAAGAAUGUCUUUUUAUUAUUCAAUAAACAUACGGAUCAUAA